GUGAAAGGAAAGUGCUUAUUUCAGACCACAUCUGACAGGACUUUCCACAGUGCCAGCAACCUGGUCAGAAAGAGAAAGUUUUAUCUGCACACCCUUUCUCUGAGGAUGAACAGUACUCACCCUACAAAGUCCUGUGUGCUCAUUCUGCUUGUGGCCCUACUGUGUGCAAAAAGAGCUCAGGGGCUGAAAUGCUAUCAUUGUGAGGGGGUCCCACUUGAGGCUUCCUGCCCAUCAGUUACCUGCCCCUACCCUGAUGCAUUCUGUGUGACUCAGGAGACAGAAGUUCCUGUGGGCUCUCACAAAAGCAAACUGAAGAACAAUCUCUGCCUUCCCUUUUGUCCUCAUAAUAUUGAAAAAACCGAGAUCCUGGGUACUACUGUCAACUUGAAGACUUCCUGUUGCAAGAAAGACCUCUGCAAUGCAGCAGUUCCCACUGGAGGCAGCACCUGGACUGUGGCAGGUCCAGAGGUGCUUCUGUUCAGCCUGGGCUCAGUCCUCCUGCAGACCUUGCUGUGAUGGACCUUCCAUCCAACCCCACCCUUGUCUUUUUAUCCUCAUGUGAAACCACGCCUUCCUGGAGCCCUCUAGUGAUGAAUUAUGAAUUAUAGAAGCUCUGAGAUGGGAGCAGAGUAUGGAACAUCUUAUUUCAACUUUAUAGGCCCUUUACAGCUGGGUAGGUUCCCCACUUCUCUCUAGGGCUUUCAGAUCUGUACUUACUGGAAUGCCAUUUUGUUGUGGCUUGCUACUCCUGGCCCUGGAGGCACAUGGACAGCACAGGGAAGAGG